UUUUAGCAAAAAUAAACGAUCGUCCAAUGGAAUUUAAAUCAAGCGGUGAUUCUCUUCAAGGUCCUGGUAUACAACGUCGUCGUGGUGCUAUUAAACAUGCUCGGAUACAUGAAAUUCGUGGACAUCAAUUUGUUGCGACAUUUUUUCGGCAACCAACUUUUUGUUCGCUUUGUUCCGAUUUUAUGUGGAGUGUGAUCCGUUUGCAUGCCUUAUCAUUUGUUAAGAGUGUGAUCCGUUUGCAUGUCUUAUCAGUCGUUGAAACCGUUGAAAUAUGUGGCGUUGUAUGCCAUCAUAAAUGUCAACGAUAUAUGCCGAAUUUGUGUGGCGUUAAUCAAAAACAACUUUCACAAGCAUUAUUUGAAAUUAAACGUGGAUCACAUGGUCAAACGAGUACACCGGCUGGUUAUGGUGCAAUGUCAUUAUCAGUAGGAUCUAAUGUACCAAUGGAACAACGUAGCAUUUCAUCAUCAUCAUCAUCAAAUGGUUCAGCAUCCAGUGGUUAUAAAUUUCCGGAUCGUUUUAAAGCAUUUUUUCGCUAUCACAAUUAUAACUUAGAUAAUCAUAGUGAUAAUGAUGAAUAUAUUAAUGCACCAUGGAGUACAGCAGAUGGUAUUAAAAAAUAUGGAUUACAUCAUUUUAAUGUUUGUAAAGUACUUGGAAAAGGAAGUUUUGGGAAG